CUUGCUAUCUAUUUAAGUACCUAUCUUUAAAAAUUACAACACGACCAAACGGAUUAGAAUUGAGCAGUGAGUAUGAGCAGGCUUUCCAUGUGAAAUGUUAACUUUUUGCUAGGUAUCUUCAACCUAACCUGUUUUGAAAAUGUGUAUUUUUCGAAAAACGGAAAUGUUUUUAUGUGCUACGGUUAUCGUAAGUUUAAUGUGUCUAUCAUGUUCAAGUGAAAAAAACUUGGCCAGGGAAGAUGAGCAACCACUCUCACCAAAAAAUUCUCAAACUGACAAACACACAAGUCCAGAAGUAUUGACCAGUUGCGUUUAUCAUGUUAAAGAUGGCAUUGAUCUAGAUAAUAAAUUGAGUGAAGCCGGCGAUAAGUUAGUUGCAUUAUAUUUCUUCACGGCGAUAUGCGAUUCAUGUGAAGCGGUCGUACCGAAAUUCGAGGAAUUAUGCACUGUUGAGACCAACGUUGUCUUCUUGAAAGUGGACACGAACAAGUGCGAAAAUCUCCCUGAUGAUUAUAAAUUCAUUCAUCCGCCUACGUUUAUGCUCAUGAAACAGAGGAACGUGAUGGACUGCUUCACAAAAGUUGGUGGGUUAGAGAAACUCAGAAAAAAAUUGCAUAGUCUAAAUUGAAAAAUGCGUAACUGUUGCUCUCUGGGCCAAUCGUUGAUGAGAAUCGCCAUCAUGAGAUCGAUAAAAAGCAAGCAUCCAAAAUUAAUUUUUCAUUGCGAGUAGGUAGUAUUUUAAAAAAUGUGAUUCCGCGGAUUUGAAUAUUAAUAAUAUACUUACUAAUGCAACACUGUAUGGAAAAUACAUUUUUAUGAUUUGGUUUAAGCUGGUUCGAAACAAAAUAAAAAGAUGAAACGACUUA